UCCAGCCUGGGCAACACAGCCAGACCCUGUCUCUUAAAAAAAAAGCAAGUCAGUGGCAAAGCUGGGAUUUGAACUCAUCCAUAACUUGCCAGAGGUACUCUGUGCUCAGUGCUCCUGCUGCCCAGGAGCAGAGCCCUCUAGGGGAGAAGGUAUGAUUUGAGGCCACUGAAUAUGCAAGAUGAGGGAGACUGUCCCCUCAGAGUGGGGCCCGCCUGGGAGAGAACUUGGUAGGGGGGUGGGACCUGGACUGUCCCCCUCUGUACUCACCAAUCCCUCAUUUCCUAUCCCAAACAGGAAUAUGCAUGCUCUGGUCCCAUAGCAGAAGUCUUGGUUAGAGCUGGGGCUCUAACCCAGGCUGUGCUCCCCUACCCAGGGGCAGCUUUGGAGACCUGGCCACACAGAGAAACACUCCCCACCAGUUACCCCCCACCCCUGCUUCUCCAGCCUUUCCACAGUCAGGGGGGCAGGGAGGGACAGCGCUGCAUCAUUCUCCAUGGCACUCCACUCUGGUGCCAUUAACAGACGCCUCCCCAUCGAUCUGAUCUGCUAAGUGCUGCUGAUUCAGGCGGGUGGGGGUGGGGGCCCCUGGGGGCAGAGGGGAUAGAAGCUGGGCAGGCAGAGGGGGGAGUCCAGGAAGGAGGUGGGGAGAAUUGGCAAAGUUCCCUGCCACCCCCAUUUUCCAGAUGACGCGACUGAGGCCCAACCAGCUUUGUAGGAGGCGGAGUCUCCCCAGGGUCCCUCUCAGGCUGUCCUAGGGGAGGGGGCUCGGGGAGCCACGAGGCCCCUCCCUGCCUCUCUUUUCAUCUCCCGGCAAGCUCAGAGGAGCGGGGAGAGAGAGCCAGAGGAGGAGGAGAACUCAGGCAGCUCUGCAGAGGGGGCCAGGAGCUCCGGUGUUUGGUACCCCCAGCCCCACCGCAGUUGCUGCUGCUGCAGCGGGGACACAGGUGAGGACAGCCCUAGGGGGAGGGGACCACCAACAGCACUGUCCUUGUCCUUCCCUGUUCCAGCCCCCACGCCCUAGCCCAUCCUGGGGUAGUCCCCAGGUGUCCCACUGGACCUUGCCCUUCCAAAGCCUCCUCCUGGGGACCCAGCCUCCUCCCCCUGCCCAUGGGGCCUCCUCUCCAAGCCUGGCUGUGGCCGCUUCUCUUCCUCCUCCUGCUGCCGCUGCUGCCACUGCUGCUGCCCAGCACACACCGCCAGCCCCUUGGGGUGUGGUUUCUCCAGACCUGCCCCCAACUGUGGGACCCAGCCUUCUCACCAGCUUCCUGCAAAGCUCCGCAGCUCCCCCUCCCUGGAGACACACCCAACUCCCUUUCAACACCCCACACCCCUCUCUAGCCCAUUUAGAGGGAACCCCCUUCCUCUUAGUCUUUUCAGGUCCCCUGAGUGCUCUGGGGCUUUGCCCAACUUCCUUCUAAUUGAGUCCCAGCCCCUCAGGCCCCUUUUUGCUCUCUGCAGAACUCCUGAAGAUGUGGACCAGGCUUUCUUAGCACCUCUAGAUACCCUCCUUCCCUGGGUAACUCUCAGCCUCUUAAAAAAAUAACCCAGCCCCACAUGUAUCCCUGUAGAUUCUUCACUCCCCUCCCCAGAUCCACCAGGAGGCCCCUCCUCUUCUUCCUUCCCCAGAACUCCUGUAGAGUGUAGACAACCCCCCCCCAGGCUAUUCUUGGCAGCUCUAGGCACUCCCCAGACCCCUUUCAGCCUCUUUACAAUCUCCUGGCUCUACAGCCACCCCUUGGGAUGCACUAGCCCCCUUUCCAGAUCCACAAGGGGGCUCCAACUCCGAUAUCUUUCCCACCAAAGCCUUGAGGGUGUGGACAACCCUCUUCACCUGUUUCACCCCCUCUAGACUACCUCCCUUCCAGACACUGUCAACCUCUUUCAAGCACUUCUUGCCCCAUUUCUACCCCUGUGGAUGCCCCAAUCUCCAACCCUUCAACCCUGCUAAGGGCUUCCAGGCCCUUCUUCCCUCCCUAAGACUAGAGACUAUUGACAACUUCCCAUGUGUUUCUUGGCCCCUAUAGACACCCCCAGGCAUCUCUCAGGCACAUGUCACUCCUCUAGAAUCAUCUCAGUCUCUCUAAACUUUCCCUCAGAUCCUUCUUGGCCUUUCGGGAUGCCUCUUUUCUGCUUCUCUCUAUGUCCCCUGGCCCCUUCUCAGCCCCUCUACAUCGCCCAGGCCCCUCCUAGACCCUGUAAAUGCCUCCCAAGGCCCUGCCCCUCUCUCUAGUUCCUCCUCCUGGUUCUUCUUGGCGUCUCUAGACACCUCUAGUUUCCUUGUCCGUGUGGCCCAGGGCCUCUCCAAGCCCCCACCAUCCUGGAGACAGCCACAUUCUCCUAAACGCCCCCCCCCUCAAGUCUCCGUGGGCCUGGGGAGCGGCAGGAUGGCAGCAGGUGUGGCCACGUGGCUGCCUUUCGCCCGUGCGGCGGCGGUGGGCUGGCUGCCCCUGGCCCAGCAGCCCCUGCCUCCUGCGCCGGGGGUGAAGGCGUCUCGCGGGGAUGAGGUUCUGGUGGUGAACGUGAGCGGACGGCGCUUUGAGACCUGGAAGAACACACUGGACCGCUACCCAGACACCCUGCUGGGCAGUUCUGAGAAGGAGUUCUUCUACGACGCCGACUCGGGCGAGUACUUUUUUGAUCGCGACCCAGACAUGUUCCGGCAUGUGCUAAACUUCUACCGCACGGGCCGGCUGCACUGCCCGCGGCAGGAGUGCAUCCAGGCCUUCGACGAGGAGCUGGCCUUUUACGGCCUGGUCCCGGAGCUUGUCGGCGACUGCUGCCUUGAAGAGUACCGGGACCGCAAGAAGGAGAACGCCGAGCGCCUGGCGGAGGACGAGGAGGCCGAGCAGGCCGGGGACAGCCCAGCCUUGCCGGCAGGCAGCUCCCUGCGCCAGCGGCUCUGGCGGGCCUUCGAGAACCCGCACACAAGCACUGCAGCCCUCGUUUUCUACUAUGUGACUGGCUUUUUCAUCGCCGUGUCGGUUGUCGCCAACGUGGUGGAGACUAUUCCAUGCCGCGGCUCAGCGCGCCACGCCCCAAGGGAACAGCCCUGUGGCGAACGCUUCCCAAUGGCCUUUUUCUGCAUGGACACAGCCUGUGUGCUCAUAUUCACAGGUGAAUACCUCUUGCGGCUGUUUGCUGCCCCUAGCCGUUGCCGCUUCCUGCGGAGUGUCAUGAGCCUCAUAGAUGUGGUGGCCAUCCUGCCCUACUACAUUGGGCUUUUCGUGCCCAAGAACGAGGAUGUCUCAGGCGCCUUUGUCACUCUGCGUGUGUUCCGGGUGUUCCGCAUCUUCAAGUUCUCCAGACACUCACAGGGUUUGAGAAUUCUGGGCUACACACUCAAGAGCUGUGCCUCUGAGCUGGGCUUUCUCCUCUUUUCUCUCACAAUGGCCAUCAUCAUCUUUGCCACUGUCAUGUUCUAUGCGGAGAAGGGCACAAACAAGACCAACUUUACCAGCAUCCCUGCAGCAUUCUGGUAUACCAUUGUCACCAUGACCACGCUUGGCUACGGAGACAUGGUGCCUAGCACCAUUGCUGGCAAGAUUUUUGGGUCCAUCUGCUCGCUCAGUGGCGUCUUGGUCAUUGCCCUGCCUGUGCCAGUCAUUGUGUCCAACUUUAGCCGCAUCUACCACCAGAACCAGCGGGCUGACAAGCGCCGAGCUCAGCAGAAGGUGCGCUUGGCAAGGAUUCGGUUGGCAAAGAGUGGUACCACCAAUGCCUUCCUGCAGUACAAGCAGAACGGGGGCCUUGAGGACAGCAGCAGUGGAGAGGAGCAGGCGCUAUGUGUCAGAAACCGUUCUGCUUUUGAACACCAACAUCACCACUUGCUGCAUUGUCUGGAGAAGACAACGUGCCAUGAGUUCACAGACGAGCUAACCUUCAGUGAAGCCUUGGGAGCUGUCUCGCUAGGAGGCCGCACCAGCUGCAGCACCUCUGUGUCCUCCCAGCCAGUGGGGCCCAGCAGCCUGCUAUCUUCUUGCUGUCCUCGCAGAGCCAAGCGCCGUGCCAUCCGCCUUGCCAACUCCACUGCCUCAGUCAGCCGUGGCAGCAUGCAGGAGCUGGACACACUAGCAGGGCUACGGAGGAGCCUUGCUCCUCAGAGGAACUGCUCUGAGCACUUUGUAUCAUUUAUUAUCUCACUGAAUCUCCACAACAACCCCAUGAGCCGCUCAAGCCUCAAUGCUAAGCCCCAUGACAGCUUUGAUCUGAACUGCGACAGCCGGGACUUCGUGGCUGCCAUUAUCAGUAUCCCGACCCUUCCUGCCAACACGCCAGAUGAGAGCCAACCUUCCUCCCCUGGUGGCGGUGGCAGGGCAAGCAGCACCCUCAGGAACUCCAGCCUGGGUACCCCCUGCCUCCUUCCUGAGACUGUGAAGAUCUCUUCGCUGUGAGGGGUGGGCCAGCCUAUUCAGAGGGCCCUCUUCAUUUUUGGGGACUCCUUUCCAAAGCCAUAUUUUGGGGAAGCAGAGAGGGCAGGCCUGGGGACGCCCUCCGCCCCACAUCAAGAACUAUGCAAUGGAGUUUCAUGGAAUGGCCUACAUGGUGGGGAAGUAGCCAGGGAAUGGGAAACUUCCCCCCUCCCCAGACAGUUCUGGUGGGAGCUGAAGCACGAGGCUUCCACAGGCCCCUGGCCUCCUUGCCCCAGCACACUGGGUGGGACUGGCCCUGCUCCCUGAGCUGGCCUCCUGCAUGCUCCUCCCCUGGGGCCUGAGAGGUAGGUAAAAUGCCCACCUGACAUCUGAGCUCUGGCCUGAGAAGGAGAGUUGAGAUUUCUUCUUCUCUCUGGCUGGGCUAUGGAGGGAGGUUUGGAGGUUCAGUGAAGAGAACCCUCACCUCAGAUAUGGUCUCUAGGAGAGGUCCCUGCCCUCCGCCUGGCCCAACAAUUCCCAGAUUCCAAAGCUCAGAAUGCAACCACAGGCUUCAUGGGCUGUGCCACAGCAGUGGCCUGCCACCCCCAGGUUGAGGGGUCAGGCUGCCUCUCCCAACACAUACAGAUAGCACAAACUCCACCACCCCCUUCCCUGGCUGCUAGAAAUGGGUCCCCGCAAGCCUGUCCUCCACUGGGCCCCCAGCAAACUCUAGCAAUAGCUGCUGCCACCAUGACAUUAUGCAAAGCCUCUGACCAGUCUGCUGCAGCAUUUAUAUCUGCCCUAAUCAGAGGGGCCACCUCUAACUACUCCUUCUCUCUUCUUCUUUGGCUUACUUCCUUCCUGGGUUGGGCUGGAGUCUGGACUGGCUGAGAUAAGAACCUGGCAGCCAGCAAGAGCUGGGCUGUGUUUGGAGAUCAUAGGCUGAUUCCAUGUUCUUAGGCAGGAUUCCAGAAGUGUCAGGGGCUGAGGCCUGGGUUGGGUUGUUCCUGAACUCCUGGAGUUGUAGCAGACAGGAGGAACUUCUUGAUCUCCUUUUCCUCCCUGACAACUCCUUUUCACAUAUUCCACUCUCUUCUCCCUCUUGGGUCACUUUCUAGAACUCUGCUCUCAGGCUGAAAUCUGCAUCAUCUCAGGUUCCCUGUCCCCAGCACUGUCCCCAUGGAGCUGGUGACUGACAAAGAUGUAGUUUCUGUCAGUCAAUAAAACCUGAGAGGAGAGAUGUGACUGAACACCUCCUGGGUCUGUGGGUUUGAGGGCUGGGUUGGGCUGGGGUGGUGGUGGUGAAAUCACUCUGAUUUCAAUUCCUUUCAACUAGGUGAAGGGCUGGUAUGAGUAAAGGUAUGGGAGGUGGAUGGCUCUGGUGAUGUAUUCUGGAAGAUGAGGAUCCAGGAGAAAUGAAAGAGGGUGGUUUGAAGAGUCAAAUACAUAGCCAGUGAGGCAGACUAGGGGUUCCUGAGACAUUCCCCUUGGACAUCAUCCACUCCAGCCUCCUGAUUCACAGAUGGGGAAAUAAAGACCCAGAGCAGCAUGUAGUUGGUUUGAAGAGACUUAAGCCCAGGCUUCCUGACAGCAAACAACUCUGAAUUUAACCAUAAUAAAAGCAUCUCUCAGUUUGGUGAAUUCCC